AUGUCAUUCUACUUCAAUUGGGGAUGCUUGGACGAGACAGCCGCAGAGGCGAUCCAGCUCCUUAUUAACAAUAAAUUAGAGCAGAUACUAGAUGAAAAACUGAAAGCCAUGAGCACGAGCGACAACUGCGACCCCAACAAAAUUAACACUUGCGUUGGUGGAUUAGGAGGGGGUAGCUCAAUCUUAGAGGGGAAUCGUUCUCGAGGCAGAGCUUAUAACUUGGACACGGAGCACGGGAGCCCUGGAACUCGUAGCGGUUUGACAGGACCAAGUGUCGUUAACACUCAGCUACACCCCACAUUGAUCGACACUACAUUACACAAAGCUUCUAGUUUCAGUAUCGAAAGUGGAACUAACAGCGACUUUAAACAUCAAGCGCCACAGUACCCUGGUCGCCAUGUAAGCCAAGGGUUAUCAACUCCACCCUCCGCUUCUGUCACGACUGGUACAGCAGGUGGAACCUCAUUGCACCCAUCGGUAGCUCCAAAAAAGAUACCUCUGAUUACCUUUUUGUGCAUUAAUAGUAUUAAAUGGGGCACUACGCCACCAUUUAUUGAGAUCGAGCGGUUUGAAAAUGCAAUCGAUAUAUUGGACACUACGAUACCAGUUGGUUCUGCCGCUUCGCUCAAUAUCAACAUUCCUGUAGUGGGAACUUCGGAUGGUCAAACCGAUCGUCCUUUCUGUGAUCAUCUUGAUUCUACCGAGGAACCUCAGGUAGUAUGCGUCUCUUCAACGAUACCCCUACAAAGGGACGGGACACUGCGUGGAAAAGCGCCCACCUCCGCUGGGGGGACCUCCGACACGGCUUCAAUGGCCAUCCCACAGGAGCCUUUUGACAAUAUGAAUAACAUUUCAGCAACACGGGCUCCGGAGGAAGUAAGGGGACUCUCCACGAAGAGUAGCGUGUUGAGUCAUCUUAAGAGCACAAGAAUGACGUCACCCCAGUCUCGCUUCACGCCGACUAUACAGUUAAACAAGAUUAAGACCCCUCGCAACUAUAGUGAACAGGAGCUUCCGACGUCCUCAUCCACUUCGUUCGACACACUCGCGCCUUUCUUGGGUGCAGGUGGUUUGUACCUCCGGCUCCACCUUACCUACGGCGGCUCUAUGAGUUUCUCCGCCAGUACCGCAAUUCAGUACUGUAUUAACAUCGGAUCCUUCUCUCUGCCAGUUUACAUGCCCAUUGAGCUUCAAGUAUCAGACUUUGAUUUGGAUUGUUUUGUAUGCUUUAAUUUUCAUCACAACGAGUGUCGGCUGUGGUUGGAACCUGGUAAACUGGCUGAUUCGGUCAUCAACCGCCUAAAGGUAGUGGCGGUGUUUGGAGAGCGCAAAGAUAAAGAAGACGAUCUCGACUCUUCAGCAACAGAUCUUUUGAGGAAUAAUGGUAGUCGUAUUUAUGAUGAUGACGGUUCAAUUUUUGUAGACAAAAGGGAGGUUGAGCAGCUUGUUGUGUCCGAAGUUAAAUCUUUUCUACAAAAAAAGCUUAUGGCACCACACUUUAUCAGCAUACCCAUUCAACUUUCAGGGUAA